AUGUGGACACGCCGCGCCGUCCGCCGAAUUCGCGCUUUGCAAAACUCCGUCCUUGUCGCUCUGAAACUUUUCAAUUCUACGAUCGGCGCGUCAUUCAAGCCUGCGCGCUCGCACACACGCACGCUCGUUUGUUAUCGGACCAUCGGACCGCGCGGACGUGUCGGUUAUUUUGCGCUCGCUCGCCCCAACUCGAUAGAUUUGCAGUUCUGUGCGGCCGUGUUGUGUUGGGAUUGUGAACGUGUAAAUCGAUGCAUUCGGGCACGAGAGUGCCGUCAACGGAGCAGUCACCACCGGCGCCAUACCACCCAAAAUGAUCGCUCAACCCCUCAGGAGGAAGCCGUU